AUGCCUGCCCAUUAUUUUGACAAUUUCACCUCUGCCAGUCAGUUCAAGGACCCAAAUCUGAGAACUAUUCCUCCAGCAGUCGGUGCGAGUCAGUGGAAGCGGGAUCAUCUACUUGCCUGUCAUGUUAUAGUACAAAAACAAAGGCAUCGAAUUCCUCCAAUCUUGGAAGAACACUCGGAAUCAUCCGAUGCAAUGUCCUCGGUUGAGAUUCAAAACUUCGUGAAGGGCCCCAAAGAUAUCAACCAUUUUCAGCAAAGCGAGCAUAGUCUUGUGCGCGAUUUCGGCUAUAGCACUUCGCUAGCUCAAACUUGGUCAGCACUGGCAACCUUCAAGGGUGAUCGUGACCCUCAGAGGAGGCAUCUUCCAGAUUUCGCCGAUGCCGACCAUUCCGAGGACUCCAAUACGGAUUAA